AUGUUUGGCGCGCUCCAUUCGGAAUUAUUUCUGCCAUCCACGAAACCUCCCCAUUGGCCUUGUCGUGAUGAGGAAAUCCCCAUUGCGGAAUGCGAUCCGGUUGGUGAGAAUGGCGGUCCUGGCGACACGCAGGCUGGGAAUGUGGGUGCCGGUCGUUCUUGUGAUGCUGGCGGGCAUUUAGGCGGUAGGGGUGGUGCUGGUAUGCCCGUCGGAUUCCUGGGAAUGUAUCCAUUGGUUUCAGGCGGCGAACCGUUUCCAUUCCAACGUUGA